GUUUCAAUUCGCGGUCUUGUUAGUUGUAGCCUGUUAUUCAAACGUCGUCGUUUCCCAGUUCCAACCAACUAACUUUCAACGCCGGAACUCACUCGUCAAUGUCGAUCUCCGGUGGCGCCGCCGUCACCGGCGGGAACGUCAGGAGGAACCACCGCUACCUCGGCGCGGACCGUUUCUACUACCCGCCACCGUUGCGGAAAUACCGACCAGAACAGGAACAUGUGGAGGAGCAAAGGUCAACGUUGUCGGAGAACAGGCCCGGUUCCUCUUCCGCUUGCUCCGUUUCUUCUGAAACAACGCGUGAGGUCUCCAAUUUGUGUCGGUUCUUGGAGCACACCACACCGCAUGUUCCCGCGCAAUAUUUUCCCAUGGAACAGAGAAGCAAGAGAAGAUGGAAAACUAUGGAGGGAGAGUGGCAUGCGUACUAUGUGCUUGGGGAUUUGUGGGAAUCUUUCAAGGAAUGGAGUGCAUAUGGGGCCGGUGUUCCGUUGGUGUUGGAUGGGAGGGAAUGCGUCAAACAGUAUUACAAUGUCUCCUUGUCUGCCAUUCAGCUUUAUGUUCAUCCAUCACAACAUUUCCCAUGGUUAAGUUGGAAUCAGCCUAACUUAUCAGAUGUAAGCACUCAUGGUUUGGAAAGAAGUAAACCUCAAACAGGUUCAUCAAGUGAUGAGAUUGAGAGCUGCAGCCCACCUGGUCAGCUUAUAUUUGAAUACUUUGAGCAUGAAAUACCUUACAAUCGUGAACCAUUAGCAGAUAAGAUUUUUUACCUUGCACAUCAGUUUCCUGAGCUGAAGACAUACCGGAGCUGUGAUCUUUCGCCUGCAAGUUGGGUUUCUUUGGCUUGGUAUCCAAUAUACAGAAUACCUACUGGUCCCACACUUGAGAGCCUGAGUGCCUGCUUCCUGACCUUCCAUUCCCUGUCAACAACUUUGCAAAGUCCAAAGAAUGAUGGACUUCAUGUUAGUUCAAGAGGUAAGGAGUUGUCGUCCAAGCUAUCAUUACCAAUCCUUGGACUUGCCUUUCAUAAGUUGAAAGCUUCUCUCUGGGAUUCUGAUGGUGUUGCUCAAGGUCAGAAAGCCAAUUCUCUAUUGAGAGCUGCUGAUAAUUGGAUUAGGCUAUUGGAAGUUAACCAUCCCGAUUACAAUUAUUUUAUGUCUCAUUAUACAUAUUGGAGAUGAACUGAGUUUUCUGUAAACUGAAGCAACCUAUCUCCAAAGUACCAGCUUAUGCAGACCUAUCAGCAUCACUCAAGUUUAAAAAUAGAAAAAAUAGAAUAGCAGUAGUUUUAGAAAAUAUGAGAACUUUUGUUGUAAAUAGAUCCCGAGUAGCACCCAUGACAUUGAUAACCAAUGGCUGACUGUUGCAGUUAUAUGUUAAAAUUCAAAUGGUUCAAUGUGAAA